CUGGGUUUGUGAAAUGGCUACUGACAUUUCUGAAUCCAGUGGGGCUGACUGCAAAGGAGAUACGAGGAACAGUGCCAAGUUAGAUGCUGAUUACCCUCUUCGAGUCCUUUAUGGUGGAGUUUGUUCUUUACCAACAGAGUACUCUGAAUAUAUGCCUGAUGUUGCUAAAUGUAGGCAAUGGUUAGAGAAGAAUUAUCCAAAUGAAUUUGCAAAACUCACUGUAGAAAAUUCACCCAAACAAGAAACCAGAAUUAGUGAAAGUCAAGGAACCGUAAGAGAAGAAGAGGAGAAGAAAAAACAAAAGCGAGGUGGAAGAGGUCAAAUAAAACAGAAAAAGAAGACCGUACCACAAAAGGUUACUAUAGCAAAAAUUCCCAGAGCAAAGAAGAAAUAUGUGACUAGAGUGUGUGGCCUUGCAACUUUUGAAAUUGAUCUUAAAGAAGCACAAAGAUUUUUUGCUCAGAAAUUCUCCUGUGGUGCCUCAGUAACAGGGGAGGAUGAGAUCAUCAUUCAGGGAGACUUCACAGAUGACAUAAUUGAUGUCAUUCAGUAAAAAUGGCCAGAGGUAGAUGAUGACAGCAUUGAAGAUCUCAGAGAAGUAAAGAAGUGAUUUUGGAAACGUCUGUAUUUAUGAUCUGAACUGAAAGUUGAUAUGGCCAAAGGGAGAGGGGACUUUUAGAAAUAUAUACAUA